AUGGUUCAAUUGUCAUUCCCCGUUAUUCUUUUUUUUUCUCUUUUUGUCCCCUCCCUCUCACUCUCCGAUGUAGCCCGAAAUGGCGACACUCGAUCUCAAUGCAUCGUCACCCCCGGAAACUCCUCCGAUAUUGACGAUGUCCCCGCCAUCCUCGAUGCCCUGACAACCUGUGGUACUGGUGGCCGGGUCAUUUUCACCAACAAUACCUACCACAUCAACUCGGUCAUGAACACAACCUGGCUCGACGAUGUUGAGAUUGACCUGCAGGGUACCCUCUUGUGGAGCACCAACAUCUCCUACUGGCUCAACCACUCCCUCCCCGUCGGAUAUCAAAACCAAUCCACGGCCUGGAUCCUAGGCGGCACCGAUAUCGUCUUCGACGGACACGGAUACGGAACGUUCAAUGGGAGUGGCACCACCUGGUACAAAUACGUUGGAUCGACAUCAAAUUACCCCGGACGACCGAAUCAGUUGACCGUAUCGGGGGCGAAGGGAGCGGUGUUUAGGGGGUUGCGGUUUGUGCAGAGUCAGAUGUGGACCAUGUCCAUCAUCCACACCUCCAACGCAUGGUUCGAUUCCAUUUACGUGAAUAAUCUAUACGAUAAUGGGGAUUCGGCGCAAAACACCGACGGCGCCAACACCAUCUACAGCCACAACAUCACCUUCACCAACUGGGAAGUGCUCAACGGCGACGACAGUAUCAGCACCAAAGCCAACUCCACUGAUAUAACCAUCGCAGACUCCACCUUCUCCAGCGGUCUGGGAAUAGCAAUCGGCAGUAUCGGCCAAUACAACGGGGCUUAUGAAACCGUCGAACAUCUUCACAUCUCAAACAUCACAUACGAAAAAACGACCCACGCUGUGUACUUUAAGACCUGGACGGGCGAUCAGGUCGGAUAUCCGCCUAACGGGGGCGGUGGGGGGUUAGGAUUUGCUUCCAACAUCACAGCCACCAACCUCAAAACCAACAAUCUCAAAGGCACACCCUUUACCAUCUCCCAAUGCACAACAUUUUCCGGUGCGUCGGGGAACUGCACCAACUCGAAGUUUCAAAUCCGGGAUCUCGUGUUCAGGGAUAUCUCCGGUACCACGGAGUCUGCUGAUGUGGCGAGUUUCCAAUGUAGUGCUGUUGCUCCGUGCGAGGAUAUUACUAUUGAGAAAGUCGAUUUGCGGAUUACGGGAAAUACCACGUAUGCGGGGGAGUAUCUCUGUGGGAAUGUGGAGGGGACGGUGGGGUUUAAUUGUACGGGGGCGGUGUGUGUGGGGUCGAGUGCGACGGGGGGGUGUUAGUAUGGGAAUAGGGAAAGGGCAGUUUGAGAGAUGGGGUAUGGUGGCAUUGAUGAGAUAUGGGGAGAAGAUAACCCCUCCUUUGGAUCGUCCUUCGGUUUUGGCAGCCUUUAUCUCUUUGAUGAGGGAUAUGAUAAUGGGAUGAUUGCUUUAUGGCAGUAUGUAGUUCGACUGACUACUAGAAACAAUCGGUACUUAUCCCAGUGAUGGAAAUUUGCCAGUGAUAUUCAGGGUAG